GUUGAAUGAGAAAGAUCUGAGGGUGACGUGGCCUUCUCUCUAUCUCUACCCAACUAUCCACUCUCUCUCUCUUCCAUGCUCUUGCGCUUUUCCUCUUCCCUUUCCACGUCCUUUUCUCCGCUAUGCCACGCCCCGUGCGCACUGCCCAGUCCGGCGCACAUUAGUCACCCUUUUUUUAAUCGCUUUUCUCCAAAUAAACAAAGCUGAGGUUACCAUGCUUCGUUUCGCCGACUCCUCUCACCCAAUUAUAACCAACCAUCGUUUCCUUCCACUCUUUUGCGCCUUUUGCUAACGUGCGCCGUCAGAACGGUGCCCCUUGAUCUUCCUCGGUUUUGUUGGAUUGCUGGGUGAGUGAGUGAGCUUUUGAUUUGAUGAUGGUUUUGGUUGGCAAGUUGCGUUGCGGAAAUGGAGGGGUCUGGUUGUGAGAGUUCUCUAGCGUCGUCGAUUUUAUGUCAGGGUAGUGGGUGAGUGAGUGUGUGAUUUUGUUUUUUUUUUUUAAAUUGAUAUUUUGAGUUGGAUAUGGAGUCUGGUGAGGAGAUUAAUUUGAAUAUAGAAAGUGGUGGUGGAAAUAAUGGGAAGAGUGGUGAUGGGUUCAUUGAUAGAAGUAAGGUGCGGAUUUUGUUGUGCGAUAACGAUUCCAGGAGUUCUCAAGAGGUCUUCACGCUUCUUUUGAGGUGUUCUUAUCAGGUGACUUUAGUAAAGUCGCCGAGACAGGUAAUUGACGCGCUGAAUGCAGAGGGGCAACAUAUAGAUAUCAUACUGGCUGAACUUGACCUUCCAACAAAGAAGGGCAUGAAGAUGUUGAAGUACAUAGCACGGGAUAAAGAGUUUCGCAGAAUCCCUGUUAUAAUGAUGUCCGCACAAGAUGAGGUAUCCGUUGUUGUUAAGUGCUUGAGACUUGGAGCUGCUGACUAUCUAGUAAAGCCCUUACGUACUAAUGAACUAUUAAAUUUGUGGACGCACAUGUGGAGACGGAGGCGCAUGCUUGGACUUGUAGAGAAGAACAUCUUGAAUUAUGAGUUUGAUCUUGUAGCAUCAGAUCCCAGUGAUGCCAAUACAAACAGUACCACCUUGUUCUCUGAUGACACAGAUGACAAGUCCAAGAGAAGCAACAAUCCAGAGGUGGGAUUGUCAGUCCAACAAGAGCAAGAGUCUACUAUUGCUGCUGUUGAGAAACCUCUAGAUGCUCAUGCAUCAGAACACGGGCCUGAAGUUGAUGGAUUUCAUGAUCAUCGAACAGCACAUUUUUCAUCUGGUCCGAAGAAGAGUGAACUAAGGAUAGGGGAGUCAUCAGCCUUUUUCACGUAUGUCAAAGCAUCUAUACUGAAGAGCAAUUUUGAAGGGGUUGUUAACGUAGACAACCAUGGUGCUGCACAUGUGAGGAUGGAAGUUAUGCAUCAAGCAUGUGCUCAACAAGGGGUUAAUGACCUUCAAACACGUGAAAAUGGAGAGACUUGUGAAAGUCAAUCGCAAGAUGACUUACCAAGCAGCAGUAGUAUACCUGAUUCUCUCUCUAUGGAAAGGUCUUGUACUCCGCCUGCAUCAGUGGAAGUUUCCCCGCAAAAGCACAAGGAAGCAAAUUUCCAUCAGGGUGUGAUGCAUCCAAGAAAUGGGACUCAUUGUUCUGAGCAUGAAGUAUCUGGCAUGUCUUCCCAACAUACUUAUCCAUAUUAUAUUUCAGGAGUUGUUAAUCAUGUCAUGAUGCCUUCGUCUGCACAAAUGUAUCACCAGAAGAAUAUGCAGGACCUACAGAAUCAUCCUAGUGCAGCUAUGAUUGCUCAAUACAGUCAUCUUCCCCAAGGUGGUCCUCACGGACCAGGGAUGACAUCUUUCCCAUACUACCCAAUGAGUAUAUGCUUACAACCUGGUCAGGUUUCUCAACCCCAUUCAUGGCCAUCAUUUGGCAGCUCAAGUUCAUCAGAAGCAAAAUUAAGUAAAGUUGACAGGAGAGAAGCAGCACUGAUGAAGUUCAGACAGAAAAGGAAAGAGCGCUGCUUUGACAAGAAAAUUAGGUAUGUUAACCGGAAACGACUUGCUGAAAGACGGCCUCGAGUGAGGGGACAGUUUGUCAGAAAAUUAAACAGUGCCAAUGUUGAUCUCAAUGGACAGCCUGCAUCAAUUGACUAUGAUGAAGAUGAUGAAGAGGAUGAAGAUGACCAGGGAGCAAGAGAUUCUUCUCCUGAGGAUGCUUGAGCAUGUCAAAAUUACUACUUUUACUUGACAAAAUGAAGGGUUAAAUCCAUUUCUUCCUUCACUGAUAUUGCAUUGUCAAAAGGAUUCCUUACUUUUGCGGAAAGUUCUGACCAAAGCAUAAAAUUAUUAGCAUGAGCAUGUGCACGUGCUCUCAUGUAUCUGGGGUGUUCAUCCAAUAUGUACCCUCAUCUUUUACAGUUGAAACAAGCUCUUGCCUUUGCAUUAGCAGCUCACUGAAUGAUCCAUCCUUCUGACCUAUUUCUGAAGGUAUUACCUCCUGCUGGUUAAUGUCCACUGCGGCUGAGAGUAUCAUGCUUACUUUUUAUUGAAACAGUUACAAGCAGCUUGUUCCUGCUUAUUUUAUGGAGAAAUGUCAUGACAUUUUAAAAAGUUGACCUGAGAAA